GAAAAAAUACUCUUUCACCGAAUUAGAAAGAUUAGUUAAGCAGGCCCAGAAGACCAAAAAAAAAGCCAACCAGCAAAAACGUCGCCUUAAAAAACAAGUUGCUCUCAGGGUUAAACGAGCCAAAGAAGCCAGCAGGCAACAAAAAAAAACUCGUUUAAAAGAAAUCUAUUCUUACUUCCGUCAGGAGUUAAAUAAAUUAGAAAAAAGUAAACAUCCCCAAUAUUUUACUCCUCACCUCAAAUUUGGCUCUAAAUAUACUGUUUAUAAAUUAAAUAAACAAGGCUCGGCUUAUUUAAUAAAACAGACUAGGCAAGCUUAUCAGGAGGAAUCAAUUAGUCAGGCUAACCAAUUAAAGUAUUACAAGGACAAAAUUGGUUCCUUAAAUCCUAGCACCAAGGAAUUUCUAAAAUCCGAACAAUUUAAAUAUUUUUUUCCGGAGAAAGGAGAACAUAAAGAAUUAUUUCGACGCCGUAAAGAAUUUAUUGCUGAAAGAGAAAAGAUUUUAACGGAAUUUAAGGGGCAGCAAGUCAAAAUCUCGCCACAGCCUACCAAAAGUCACUAUCUGCGGGCUAUCGGGAAAAUGUUAAGAAAAACCGGACACGAAGGAGAAUUAGUUCCAGAUAGUGAAAUAGAAUUAGAUAAAUAUGGCAAUCCUAAAUUUAAAGAGGGGCAAUGA